AUGUCAAAACGUAUUGAAGAUAGUCUCAAGAUAUGUACAGUAUGUGCAUCCAACAAUAAUAGAUCAAUGGAAUCUCAUAAACAAUUACAAGAUGCUGGGUAUGAUGUUCACUCAUUUGGUACAGGUACUAAAGUCAGACUUCCUGGUCCAAGUAUAGAUAGACCGAAUGUAUAUGAUUUUGGAACCCCAUAUAAGAACAUGUAUGAUGAUUUAACUAGUCAAGAUUGUCGAAAGUUAUAUGAAACCAAUGGUGUGAUUCUGAUGUUGAGCAGAAACAUGCAAGUCAAGAAAGCACCUGAAAAAUGGCACAAUAAUGCCACAUCGGGUAAAUUUGAUUUAGUUAUAACAUGUGAAGAGAGAUGUUUUGAUAGUGUGAUUGAAGAUUUGAUGCAUAGAGAAUAUGACAAAGAGGCAGCUGAUCAUGAUGAUAUCAGAAGAUUGGUACAUAUAAUUAAUGUGGAUAUUAAAGAUGAUAAUGAAAAUGCUAUCAUGGGAGGUAAAGGUAUAUUGAAAUUGGUUAAUAUGAUCCAUGAUUUCAAAAGGAAAAAACAACAGGAACUAGGUGAUGAAGUGGAAGAUGAGCUGCAUUUGAUUUUAGAAGAUCAAAUGAUGGGUAUAUUGACUGAAUGGCAAAAGGAACAUGUCCAUUUGCCAACUCUAUAUAGUGUUUCAUACUAUUAA